AUCUACCGCCCUUCCUCCACUACAAGAACCCACGCCCAUUCCUCGCAUUCUCUUCGAACGCCUCUCUCUCUCUCUCUCUCUCUCUCUCUCUCUCACAGAUACCCAAAGAAAGUGAGAGGAAACCGAAUUGAAAUUCCGAUUUUUUUUUUUUCCUUCCAAUCCAUCAAACUGGCGAUUGAUCAAGAACACACUUUCAAAGAAAUCAAACCCAAGAAUCGCAGAAACAUGGGAGCUGGAGUUCCUGAUGAGGACAGCAUGUGGCCUUCCUGGCUUCGCCCCCUCCUUGAAACUAGCUUCUUUGUUCAAUGCAAAUUCCACAGCGACGCCCACAAGAGCGAAUGUAAUAUGUAUUGUUUGGAUUGCAUGAAUGGGGCUCUCUGUUCUCUCUGCCUCGCUUAUCACAAAGACCAUCGAGCCAUACAGAUACGGAGGUCAUCUUACCACGACGUGAUUAGGGUGUCUGAGAUUCAAAAGUUCAUGGACAUUACAGGGGUGCAGACCUACAUCAUCAACAGCGCUAGGGUUGUUUUCUUGAACGAGCGGCCUCAGCCCAGGCCUGGCAAGGGCGUUACCAACACCUGCGAGGUGUGCGAGAGGAGCCUGCUCGUUUCGUUUCGAUUCUGUUCACUGGGCUGCAAGAUUGCUGGAACUUCAUCGACUCCGAAGAAUCAGAAGAAGAAACGGUCGGCGGUGGCGACCUCUGACUCGGAAGACUCUUACUCAAGCAGCAGCAGCCAUGCCCAUGAGAAGACCGUACGGAGCUUCACCCCAUCAACACCACCCCCAACGGUCGUAAAUUUCAGGACUGCAAAGAGAAGAAAGGGCAUCCCUCACAGAGCCCCAAUGGGAGGGCUGAUACUAGAAUACUAGAGUAGUCAUAUAUACCCAAUACUCGGUGUAUAUCUCAAGCCCUUAGGUUGUAAGAGGGCUGGUGUUGGAAGUCAAGCUAUGGUGUAUAUACAAGCCAAAAACAAAAAUAAAAAAGAAGAAGAAGAAGGGUAGAAAUGUCAAUGGCAAUGUGGAAAAUUAGGGGGUGGAAACAGUAAUAUGGAGGUGUACUUAGUAUACCUAAGUUUUGUUAGGGGGUUUUAAUUAAUUAAUGUAAAUAUGUAUAUUUUGGUUUGGUAGCGAAAAAUGCAGAAGAUAUAAAGAGAGGGCUGUAAUGUGAAAAGAUAUCUAAGUACAGUAUUGAAAUAA